ACUAUAUGCUUGAGAACAGGGAUCGGCCUGUGUUUUGUUUGUGUGUGGAUGUGGACAGGAUCGAGUCACACCCACUGUGACUGACUGACGCCCUCCCUCACUUCCUCAUUCUGACCAAACUCACGAGAUCCUUUCCUCGCAUCACAUCACACAUCCAAGUGUCAGAGAUGAGUUACCCCGGAUAUCCUCCCGCAGGUGGAAGCUACCCCCCCGGCCCCGGCCCGUAUCAACAGCCUCAGGCUGGAUACCCCCCCCAACCCGGAGCCUAUCCUCCCCAGGCGGGAUACUAUCAGCCUCAGCCCGGUGCCGGAUACCCCCCCGGAGCCGGAUACCCCCCCCAGGCCGGUGGAUACCCCCCUCAGGCCGCCGGUGGAUACCCAGCUGCCCCGGGAGGAGGGUUCCCACCACAGGCUGGAGGUUACCCCGCCGCCCAGCCCGGGACCUACCCCAACAUGCCCCCCGCAGCAGGUGGAUGGGGCGGCCAACCUGGCUUUGGAGCUCCUGGCGGAGGAAUGCCUCAGGGUUACCCCGGGGUGCCAGUGCCGGGACAGCAGCCCAUGCCAGGUUACCCAGGUGCCCCGGUGCCAAACCCGUCAAUGCCCGGGUACGGAGGAGGAGUUCCUGCAGGACCAACGCCACCAGCCGGUCCUGCUGUCAAUAAGGGAUACCGCGGUACCAUCAAGGACUUUCCCGGGGCCGACCCUCUCAAAGAUGUCGAGGUGUUACGGAAAGCCAUGAAGGGCUUCGGAACCGAUGAGAACGCCAUUACCGAGCUUCUUGGCAGUCGAACCAUCAAGCAGCGUGUGCCGUUGUUGGCGGCGUACAAAACCACCUACGGCAAGGAUCUGGUUAAGGACCUGAAGUCAGAGCUGACGGGAAACUUUGAAGAUUUGGUGCUGAACAUGCUGAAGUCUCCUGCACAACUCGAUGCCUAUGAAAUGAAGCAGGCCAUUGCGGGUGCAGGAACCGACGAGGCCUGUCUCAUCGAGAUUCUGUCCUCUCGGACUAAUGCUGAGAUCAAGGAGAUCACGAGGCUGUACAAGGCAGAUUACGGUAAAUCUCUGGAGGACGCCAUCAGCAGUGACACGUCAGGACACUUCCGGCGGCUGCUCGUCUCUCUCUCUCAGGGUAAUCGAGACGAGAGAGAGACUGUGGACAUUUCUCUGGCCAAACAGGACGCUCAGAAACUGCACGCCGCAGGAGAGAAUAAAGUCGGCACGGAUGAGUCUCAGUUUAAUGCCAUUCUGUGCGCUCGCAGUAAACCUCAUCUCAGGCAAGUGUUUCAUGAGUACCAGCAGAUGUGUGGCCGAGACAUCGAGAAGAGCAUCGGCAGGGAGAUGUCUGGAAACGUGGAGGAUGGCAUGGUGGCGGUCGUGAAGUGCAUUAAAAACACUCCUGCCUAUUUUGCUGAACGUCUCCACAAGGCCAUGCAGGGUGCGGGCACCAAAGACAGGACUCUGAUCCGCAUCAUGGUGACCCGCUCUGAGGUGGACAUGUUGGAUAUCAGACAGGAGUAUCUGCGCCAGUUCGGGAAGUCACUCUACACUCACAUCUCUGGAGACACGUCUGGUGAUUACAAGAAGCUGUUGCUGAAGCUGUGUGGAGGAAGUGACUGAAGAACCAGGACGGCAGACACCGUGCCAUCACGACUGGAUAUGUGGCGUUGUCAUAUUAAUCUUGCCCAUAUAUAUUAAUAUGUCAGAUAAUAGCGUCAUGUUAACUAAUACAGUAAUCUCUCUCUUCACAGCUUUAUAAAGUUCACAGCCAAAAUAGCAUUUCAUUUGUGCCUUAGAGAUGACAUUAUUAUUAUUAUGAUAUAGUUUAUUAUUUGUUUUGCUAUAUAAUCUCGGACUAUGCAUGAUAUCUAGAGAAUAUAUAUAUUUUGUAACUGUUGAUGCAUCAAUAUAUACUUGUAGUGUCUUCAGUGACUGAUGCCAAAGGGGAAUCAGAACCUGGGAUUGUCGUUCGCAAACCAAAAACACAAUCUGUACAAUCUGAACAUCAUCACUGAAAUCUCAAAUGCCUUGAAGUACUGAAAUAUAUGCCAUAGUUUUUAUAUAGUGAGCUUUAUGAUCCCUAUGCAAGAGUUCUCUGACAAAAAGUGUCAAUCCUCAUGAAGGUCUCGAUGAGUGCAGCUCAUGUAAACGUGUCAUAUUUCACCCUAAAAACAAGAAAUUAAUUUUUCUAAAAAAAAAAGUGAAGUCUAUUUUAGAAACAUUAAGAUCUUUUUGCAUUAUGACAUCCCCCCCCCCAUGACAAUUAGGCAAGUUUUCCCCCUACAUUUCCAUGACUAACGCAUCUAAACCUUUGUAGUAAUUCUCAUUUGCUGUAUAGCGAGUCUUAGUACUGCAAUACAAUAUUAUUUGCAGUUUUAUAGUAAUACAUAUAAAAAUCAUACAAUUUGAAUUUUCUUUUUACAAUUUAAAUAAUAUUUUUUGCAACAUGGAAAUGCAUAUUCAUAGUUUUAAAAUAGACUUAAUUUCUUAUUCAUGCAAAACUUAAUUUCGUAUUUCCUCUAUAUGAGUUUGGGGUGAAAUAUGACCAGUUUUGUGAGCGCAUGUUGUUGUUUUUUAGCAUGAAUAUGUUUUGCUGCCGCAGUAGAGGGCAGUAAAGUGACCACUCUUUCAUCUU